CUAGAAUACUUUUAUGGAAAAGACACAAGACGAAAUAUACAACUUUUCAGCAGGCCCAUGCUGUCUCCCUAAGGAGGUACUCAAGAAGGCACAAGAAGAGCUCCUCGAUUGGAACGGAACCGGAAUUAGUGUCAUGGAAAUGUCUCACAGGUCUAAAGCAUUCAAAGAUAUUACAGGAAAAGCAGAAAAGGAUCUGAGAACGUUGAUGAAUAUCCCAGAUAAUUAUCAUGUGCUAUUUCUUCAAGGAGGAGCUUCUCUUCAGUAUUCAGCAAUCCCAUUCAACCUCUUAGAUGACAAUAAGAAGAUGAAUUAUCUCGUCACAGGAUUUUGGGGAGCUGGAGCAUUCAGAAAUGCAAAGAAAGUUGGAGAUGUCACUGAAGUUAUCAAACCUCUCGAAACGUACAAUGGAUGCACAGAUUUCUCUGAAUGGACAAUUGACAAAGAUGCAAAAUACUUUCACUUCUGUGAUAAUGAAACUGUGGAUGGAGUUGAAUUCCAUAACUUCCCAUAUGAAGAACUCAAGGAUCAAUUACUUGUCUGUGACAUGAGCUCGAACCUAUGCUCAAGAUCCGUUGACUGGAAUAGAUAUGGUCUUGUCUACGCCGGAGCACAGAAGAAUGUAGGACCUGCAGGAGUCACAAUUGUGAUUGUUAGAGAUGACCUUGUUGGAAAACAAUUAGAUAUCACCCCAGAUGUGAUGAAUUAUAAGAAACAUGUAGAUUCUCCCGGACAUUGCUAUAACACCCCAUGCUGCUGGUCAAUUUAUAUGGCAGGUCUUAACAUUGAAUAUAUGCUGAAGAAGGGUCUUGAUAAGAUUGAAGAGGAAGCUCAAACCAAAAGUAGCAUGCUCUAUGAUUAUAUUGAUGGAACUGAAGGCUACUAUGUCAAUCCAGUCGACCCAGCUUAUAGAAGUAGAAUAAAUAUACCUUUCAGAGUAAAGAGCGAUGAGAAACUGGAAGAAAAGUUUGUUGAAGAGGCUAAAAAGGAAGGUUUAGUGCAAUUAAAAGGACAUGUAUCUGUCGGAGGCAUCAGAGCAUCUAUUUACAAUGCUAUGCCAAUUGAAGGAGUCAAGAAAUUGGUCAGCUUCAUGGAGAAGUUCAAGGAAGAAAAUCCAUAG